AUACCGCAUAGAACAAUUGAACGAGUCCUCUUCCUCCUCACCCCGAUACCCCCCACAAAUCUCUAGGGUUUCUCCUCUACGCACCCCAAAUCCCCAAAUCCCGAGCGAUUAGGGUUUCGGUCCUUUCGGAGGAGGGAGAAGAAGAAGAAGAAGAAGAAGAGGAAGGGGAUCGAGGAGCGAGAUGUGGGCCGCGUCGUGCCUCGCCUCGUGCUGCGCCGCGUGCGCGUGCGAGGCGUGCCGCUCCGCCGUGGGGAGCAUCGGCCGCCGCUCCGCGCGCAUCGCCUACUGCGGCCUCUUCGCCCUCUCCCUCAUCGUCUCCUGGAUCCUCCGCGAGGUCGCCGCCCCGCUCAUGGAGAAACUCCCCUGGAUCAAUCACUUCCACCGUACUCCGGAUCGCGAGUGGUUCGAGAGCGAUGCGGUGCUCCGCGUUAGCCUCGGGAACUUCUUGUUCUUCACCAUCCUGGCGCUUCUGAUGGCCGGGAUCAAGGAUCAGAAGGACCCCCGCGAUAAGCUGCACCACGGCGGGUGGAUGGCCAAGAUCUUCUGCUGGUGUGUUCUCGUCUUCCUCAUGUUCUUCGUCCCCAACGGCGUCGUCAGCUUCUAUGAGACGAUAUCAAAGUUUGGGUCAGGAUUGUUCCUUCUGGUUCAGGUUGUUCUCUUGUUGGACUUCGUGCACGGAUGGAACGAGAACUGGGUAUCUAAGGAUGAGCAGUUCUGGUACAUGGCGUUGUUCAUCGUCUCACUCAUCUGCUACAUUGCCACCUUCUCCUUUUCGGGGCUUCUUUUUCACUGGUUUGCACCAUCGGGGCAUGAUUGUGGACUCAAUACUUCUUUUAUUGUUCUGACACUGAUAUUUGCCGUUGUAUUCGCUGUUGUUGCCUUGCAUCCAAAGGUCAAUGGCAGCUUGUUGCCCGCAUCAGUAAUUUCUGUCUACUGCACCUAUCUCUGCUACAGUGCCCUUUCCAGUGAACCGAGGGAUUUUGAGUGCAAUGGCCUCCACAACCAUUCAAAAGCCGUCUCAACUGGCAGUCUCACCUUGGGCUUGAUCACAACAGUCCUCUCCGUGGUCUACUCUGCCGUUCGUGCUGGUUCUUCAACCACCUUUAUCUCUCCUCCUAGCUCACCACGUGCUGGUUCUGAGAAGCCCUUGCUGCCCUUUGACAAGUCAGAUGAACAAGAAGACAAGAAGAAGGAUGCGCCGAGGCCGGUCUCCUAUUCAUACUCUUUCUUCCACCUCAUAUUCUCUCUAGCAAGCAUGUACUCAGCUAUGCUCCUGACUGGCUGGUCGACCUCGGUCGGCGAGAGUGGAAAGCUCGUCGAUGUGGGGUGGCCAUCUGUGUGGGUCAGGAUCGUGACACAGUGGGGGACGGCAGCUCUCUACAUCUGGUCCCUCAUCGCUCCCCUUCUGUUCCCUGACAGGGAGUUUUAAGUUCUAUCCAACUUAUCGAAGUUUUUAAGUAAUGCUAAAUAUGUACAUAGAUGUUUUCUAUAUUUGUGUCGUUGAGUAAACUCCGGUGUGUGCGGCGGAGCGUGUUGCAUGCUAUAUACAGCUUUGCGUGGUGGUGAACUUGUUGUUAAGUGUGCUUAGUAUAAAUCAUGGUUGUUAGCAAACAGUAAUGAAUCAAAACACUAGCUAAUGGAUUCAACUGCAUCUUUGGCUGGCAAAUACCGAAAACAGUACUGCUAAAGAAUGUAGUUAUCUAAAAGUUGUAGAGACAAAAUUGUUGAUGUAUUAUUUGGAACCUAUAUGACGAUGUUUGAUUGAAUAGAUGCUACUUUUCGUUA